GGCACAGCUGAGCAGGCCGCCGGCCUGGAAGCCAAGCUGGCUGCCAUUUGCGUACUGCGAGGUGGGGGACCCUGGGCAGGAAACUGGCUGAGCCCCAAGACCUCAGGGGCCAUGGGCGGGGAGCUGAUGUCUGGCCUGGGGGCCCUGCGGCGGAGAAAGCGCCUGCUGGAGCAGGAGAAGAGGCUGGCCGGCUGGGCGCUCACGCUGGCGGGAACUGGCAUCGGACUCAUGGUGCUGCACGCGGAGAUGCUGUGGUUCCGGGACUGCAGGUGGGCGUUGUACCUGCUCCUGGUCAAGUUCAUGAUCACCCUGUCCACUGCGCUGCUCCUGUGUCUCAUUGUGGCCUUCCACGCCAAGGAGGUCCAGCUGUUCAUGACGGACAACGGGCUCCGCGACUGGCGCGUGGCGCUGACCCGGCGGCAGGCGGCGCAGAUCGUGCUGGAGCUGGCGGUGUGCGGGCUGCACCCGGUGCCCACGGUGAGCCCGCGCUGCGCGCCCGGGGAGCAGGCGGAGCCGGGCUCCAGGCCGGGCUUCCUGGGCCAGGGCGAGGCGCUGCUGUCGCUGGCCAUGCUGCUGCGCCUCUACCUGGUGCCCCGCGCCGUGCUGCUGCGCAGCGGGGUCCUGCUCAACGCCUCCUACCGCAGCAUCGGCGCCCUCAACCAGGUCCGCUUCCGACACUGGUUCGUGGCCAAGCUCUACAUGAACACGCAUCCCGGACGCCUGCUGCUGGGCCUCACGCUCGGCCUCUGGCUCACCACGGCCUGGGUGCUGUCCGUGGCGGAGAGGCAGGCCGUCAAUGCCACCGGGCACCUCACAGACACGCUGUGGCUGAUCCCCAUCACCUUCCUGACCAUCGGCUAUGGCGAUGUGGUGCCUGGCACCAUAUGGGGCAAGAUCGUCUGUCUGUGUACAGGAGUCAUGGGAGUCUGCUGCACGGCCCUGUUAGUGGCCGUGGUGGCUCGGAAGCUGGAGUUUAACAAGGCGGAGAAACACGUGCACAACUUCAUGAUGGACAUCCAUUACACCAAAGAGAUGAAGGAGUCGGCGGCGCGUCUGCUGCAGGAAGCCUGGAUGUACUACAAGCACACGCGGAGGAAGGACGCCCGCGCCGCCCGCAGGCACCAGCGCAAGCUGCUGGCCGCCAUCCACACGUUCCGCCAGGUGCGCCUGAAACACCGAAAGCUCCGGGAACAAGUGAACUCCAUGGUGGACAUCUCCAAGAUGCACAUGAUCCUGUGUGAUUUACAGCUGGGUCUCAGCAGCUCGCACCGCGCCCUGGAGAAGCGCAUUGAUGUGCUGGCAGGGAAGAUGGACGCCCUCACGGAGCUGCUCAGCACCGCCCUGAGGCCCGAGCAGCUCCCAGAGCCCAACCAGGAGGCCACGUAGCUGCCCGCUUGCUGGCUCCUGUUGAGUGCACCCAUGGGAGCCUCUGCUCUCCUGCUCACUCUUGGCCAUAUGCUGUCCCCCAGGAGCUGAGGAGGAAUCCAUCUAAGCACCCCAGGAAUGAGGUGAAGACGACCUCCCAAACUCUCCAGACCCAGCCCUGUGAAUAAAGCGCCUCAAGGUGCAAGGACCCAAGGGGGCCCACCUUGAGGUGGGUUGACUCGCCGACGGGGGACAGCCAUGAAGGGGGUCCCUUGGCGUGGACCUCUGGACACCAGUGCCGCCCCUGCCCUCAUCAGAGACCUCCUCACUGCUGCUAUGGACAACCUCCCGCUUUCCUUAAGAUGUGGAAGCGCCUGGGGCCUGGGGUCCUGGAACCUGGGAAGCUUCUAUCAGCCGCUGGACGGCCAGGCUGAAGGACCCAGGUCUGAGGAGGUAGGCGAUGCCCCCUGGUGGACAUCAAGGAGGACACCACUUUUCUAGAACUACAGAGACUCACUUAACUGGUGGGGAAGGAAGGGUGUGGGGGUGCAACCCACCAGUGUUGGCUCUUGACACUUUGCAAUAAAUGUUAGGCAAAGUCA